GCCUGAUUUUGCAAGUCAACGUAAACUCAGAGCCCAGCUGAAGGAACAUCUUACCUACGUCUCAGAAGGGAUAGAUCAGCAGAGAACAUCUACUCUCCUUAAGGAUAUCUACACAGAUCUUUACAUUGUAGAGGGAGACAGAGGAGAGGUCAAUUCUCAGCAUGAGUGUAGACAGGUUCAAGAUGCCAAGUUUAAACAAGAGCAAGAAGAAACGCCUAUCAGAUACUGUGACAUUUUUAAACCAUCACUUGUUGAUUCAGACAUCAAAACGGUGCUUACCCUUGGAAUGGCUGGGAUAGGCAAAACAUUCGCAUCAAUGAAAUACAUACUGGACUGGGUGGAGGGCACAGCCAAUGAAAACAUUUUUUAUACAUUUCCACUUCCUUUCAGAGAGUUGAACCUUAGAAAAGAGGAAGAACACAGUUUAGAAGAUCUGAUUCAUCAGUUCUUCCCACCUAUGAAGACCUCUGAAAUAACUAACUAUGACAAGUAUGAAAUUCUGAUCAUUUUGGAUGGUCUUGAUGAAUGUCGCCUUGAUCUUGAAUUCAACGAAAGCCAUCAUUGUACAGAUGUUAGAAAGAAAGCUUCUUUAAAAGUUUUGUUGACAAAUCUCAUCCUAGGAAAUCUCCUUCAAAAGGCCCAGAUUUGGAUUACUUCUCGACCUGCAGCAUCCAACAACAUUCCUAUUGAAAAAGUGGACAGAAUGACAGAAGUUAGAGGAUUUAAUGAUGAACAAAAAGAGGAAUAUUUCUGGAAGAGAUUUAGUGACAAGGAACUGUCUGAAAAAAUCCUGAGACAUGUGAAGCAGUCAAGAAGUCUCUACAUCAUGUGUCACAUUCCUGUUUUCUGCUUUAUCACCUCAAAGACAAGCUAAUGUGAAGUACAGUGAACAUGAAAAAUGUGAACAUUUUGAGGCGCAUUCCUGUUGGAAUUCCAGAAAUAAACAAAUAGUCCUGUCUUUAGGGAAACUAGCCUUUGAGGCUUUAGAGACAGGAGACCUUCUCUUUUGUGAAGAAAGCCUGACAGACUGUGGUAUUGACAUCACAUAAGCUGCUGUCUUCUCUGGACUGUUUACUCAGAUCAAACGAGAAGACCAUGGCCUGUACCAGAAAAAACAGUUUUGCUUUGUCCAUCUGAGCAUUCAGGAGUACCUGGCAGCUCUCUAUGUAUUUCACACAUUCAAUACCAAAGGUAAAAAUUUGUUCAUUCAACCCGCUUCAAGGUCCCCAUCCAUGUCUGCCUCAGCGUUCUAUAAGAAAGCAGUGGACAAGGCUUUAGAGAGCAAAAAUGGGGACUGGGAUCUGUUUCUCCGCUUUCUGCUUGGACUCUCUAUGGAAAAUAAUCAACUUCUACUCCAAGAACUGCUGGAAAAGACUGAAGAUUGUGAAAAUAUCAACAAGGAAACAGUGGAGUACAUCAAAAAAAGAUUAGGGAGGACAUCAAGGACCCAGAAAAAAACCUUAAUCUUUUUCACUGUCUUAAUGAGCUGAAUGACCACUCUCUCGUUCAAGAAAUCAAACAUUUCCUUCAAUCAGAAACAAAAUCCUUUGAAAAUUUCACUUCUUCUCAGUGGUCAGCUUUAACUUAUGUGCUCUUAACAUCAGAUGAGAAGCUUGAUGUGUUUGAUCUCAAGAAGUACCUGAAAUCAGAGAAAGUUCUUCUGGGAAUGCUGCCAGUGGUGAAAGUCUCCAGAGCUGCUUUGCUGAGCUGGUGUGAGCUCUCUGAAGAAUCUUGCAGAGGUUUGAGAACCCUAGCCCUCAAUUCUGCUUCCUCAUACCUCACUGAACUGGACUUGAGUCAUAAUGAUCUGCUGGAUUCAGGAGUACAGCAACUUGCUGAAGGAUUAAAGAGUCUACACUGUAAAGUGGAAGUUCUGAAGCUAUCGGGAUGUCAGGUGACUGAGAAAGGCUGUGAUUUCCUUGCAUCCACACUUAAAUCCAAUAAAGUCUCCAAGCUAAAACAGCUUGAUUUAAGUUACAAUCACUGUGGAGACAUUGGAAUGAGUGUGCUCAACGCUUGCCUUGAUGACACAAAUCAGAAGCUGGAGACGGUGUGUUUUGACUCUAACGGACCACAUCGGUUACGGCCUGGGAUGAAGAAAUAUGCUACAGAUUUGAAACUCGAUGACAAAACUGCAGGCAGACGGCUUCUUUUGUCUGAAAACAACAGACAAGCAAGAACUGUCAUCAAGGUGGACAGUAGGGUUUCACAACAACAAUUUAAAUCCAAAUUUAAGAGGACCCAGGUAUUUUGUUCGGAGAGCCUAAAAGGCAUCUCUUACUGGGAAGUGGAAUGGAAAGGCACGGUUGGAAUUGCAGUAGCAUAUAAAACUGUGAGUAAGGAACAUGACAGCAGUGGUGGUCUGGGUUGCAAUGAAAAUUCCUGGAGUUUGCGAUGUUCCAAGACUGAAUGCACAGCCCUGCAUAAGAAGGAUUCAGUUGAAAUCAAGAUGAGGCCAUGCCAAAAAAUAGCAGUAUUGCUUGACUGGAAGGGUGGUACCUUGAGUUAUUAUAAUGUGUCAUCUGGAGAGUUAAGUCUGAUUCACACCUUCUAUGCAAAAUUCAAAGAGGAGCUCUUUCCAGGCUUCUGGUUUGGCACAAAAGGCUCUAUAACUUUGUGUCACAUGUAAAAUAAUUUUUUACAAAAUAAUUGCAGUGAAAACUACUGAUAUUAUAUUGAAAGCAGCAUAGUUUUAUUUUACAUUUUUUGGAGCAUACAUCAAAUUAUUUAUUGUAUUUUACAUUAAGUGCUCAUAUUUUCUAUAUCAUGUCUCAAUUUAGUUUUUAUCCUUUUACUAUUUAAAUACAUUAAUAAAGAGAUCUUGUUGAAACAUUAUAAUAGCAGAAAGAGAGAAAAUUUGUAAUUCUGUGAAAAACAUUUUAUCUUAAUUCUGGGUUCAGUUUAAACACAGUGAAGUCCUGUAGCUAUAUAUGAAAGACAAACUAAAUAAAGAUCAAGAAAGAUGCAGUGUUAUGUUUUUGUGUUUAGGAAAAUGAAUGUGUUUACUGGAGUAAAGCAUUUAAUCUGUGUAAAUGAAUAUGGGGUAAAUAGUAACUGAACUGACAGUACUGUGCAAAUAUAUUGAAGCUGACAAAUGUGUCAAGGACUCCAAUGGGAAAGUAAAACUAAGACAU